AUGAGCGGCCUCUGCUCCAGCUCUGACAGUGUCCAGCUCCAGCUGCGCUCCUUCGUGUCCUUUGAUGCGGACGACGACAUGGCACAGCUCAUCCUCGAGGAACUGUCGUACAUGCGGCGCUCCUUCACGGGCGUAGCAGCCGAGAUCGCCUGCUCUCCGUCCAGCUCUUGCUCCACAGGACUCAACGUUAUCUCGGAGGACGGCGAAGAGGACGAAGGCGCCUAG